ACUAUGACAGCUAAACGUUUGAGCUAAGAGUAAACGAAUUAGUUGGGAUCAAACAGAUAUCAUAUCUCAUAAUUGUCUCCAUCAUGAAAUUAGAUCCAGCUUUGGUCGUAGCAUUUGGAUUACUUAUAGGUAACAAAAUGAUUUCAAAAUGGCAAUUCAUUUAUCCUGUUCUCCUGCUGAUAUUCUCCUGCCACAUCUUGAAAUACCCUAAUGCUGCAACGGACACAAUCUCACCAGGGCAACACCUCAAUAGCUCAGAAACUAUAGUAUCAGCUGGGAAAAUGUUUGAACUAGGAUUUUUUAUCCCUGGCAAUUCAGGGAAUUACUAUGUGGGUAUAUGGUACAAGAAUAUCUCGGAACAAACAGUUGUUUGGUUAGCAAACCGAGAUUAUCCAUUCACUGAUUCUGCAGUUCUCAGUAUGAGUCUUGAUGGAAAUCUAGUGAUUAGACAUCGUAAAAUAAUUUACAUGGUGACAGACAUAACUUCUGAUGCAAAUGUGAGUGCUACACUGUUGGAUUCAGGAAAUCUUGUCGUGAGAAAUGAAAAAUCUAAUAUCUUAUGGCAGAGCUUUGACUUCCCUUCGCAUACUUUUUUGCCUGGGAUGAAACUUGGAUACGAUAGAGAGAAAGGAAAAUCUUGGUCAUAUGUCUCUUGGAAAAGUGCUGAUGACCCCAGUCCUGGAAAUUUCACCUUGGAAUUGGAUCCUAGAGAAAAACGCGUUCAGAUCUUGAGCAGUGGUGAAAUAUACUGGAAAGCUGGGCCCUGGACAGACGAUGCCAACGUGUCUGACUUCACUACUGAAUCGUUCCUCUACAACUUUACUAUUGUUUCUGAAUUGAACAUGAAUUAUCUCACUUACUACAUCUAUAGGAAAGACAUCAUUAGUAGAUUCGCAAUUGAUGUCACGGGACAGUUCAAGCAAUUUUUAUGGUUAGAAAAUGAGUGGACUCUGUUCAACUCCCAACCUAGACAACUAUGUGACGUUUAUGCUUAUUGUGGAGCCAAUGCCAGCUGCACCAAUGUGUCAUUACCAUAUUGUAGCUGCUUACCCGGAUUUCAACCAAUCUCCCUUGAGGGUUGGAAUAAAGGAGAUUAUUCCCGUGGGUGCUCAAGGAAAACUGAUUUGCAAUGUGGCAAUGACACUAAUAUCAAGGCAGCAGGGGAUGGAUUUCUUAAGCUGUCUAAUGUAGUACUACCAAAGAAACAGCUUACUCUAGAGGUUCAGAGUAUUGGUGAGUGCAGGUCAUCCUGCUUGAGCAACUGCUCCUGUACUGGUUUUUCUUAUAUCGAUCAAAAUUGCUCCAUCUGGACCACAGCUCUUAUUAAUUUGCAGCAACUUCCAGCUGAUGACAUUUCUGGAAGAGAUUUUUUCCUCAAACUUGCUGCUGCUGAUUUGGAAACUAGAAAAGGCACAGGAAACAAGAGGAAGCGAUCAAUUAUUAUAUCGGCGACCAUUUCUGUGACAAUUUUUACUUCAGCUCUGCUCAUUUGGCAAGUGAGGAAGAAAAAGCAAAAAAGAAAAGGGGAGAACUUGUUAUUAUUUGAACUUAGUGUUAGCCCAGCACCUACCAAAAAUGAACAAUCUGAAGUAAAAGGACAAGGAAAACAGAAGAAGGAAGUGGAGAUUCCGCUAUUCAGCUUUUCUAGCAUUUCUGCCGCUACCAAUAACUUCUCUGCCUCAAAUAAACUUGGAGAGGGUGGUUUUGGACCUGUAUACAAGGGAAGAUUAUUAAAAGGGCAUGAAGUAGCUGUAAAAAGGCUCUCGAGAAAAUCUGGACAAGGUUGGAAUGAGUUAAAAAAUGAGGCAAUGCUCAUAGCCAAACUCCAACACAAGAAUCUUGUGAAACUUCUCGGUUGCUGCAUUGAAGGAGAUGAAAAGAUUCUUGUCUACGAGUAUUUGCCCAACAAGAGCUUAGACUUUUUCCUCUUUGGUAACAAAAAAAUUUUUAUACUAGCUUGGGGAACUCGUGUUCGCAUCAUUGAAGGGAUUGCUCAAGGUCUUCUUUAUCUCCACGAGUUUUCCAGGGUACAAAUUAUUCAUCGGGAUUUGAAGGCCAGUAACAUUUUGUUGGAUGAAGAGAUGAACCCAAAAAUUUCGGACUUUGGGAUGGCAAGAAUUUUCGAAGGCAGUAAACCACGAGCAACUGAUCGAAUUGUUGGGACUUAUGGCUACAUGGCUCCCGAGUAUGCUUUGGAAGGCGUCUUCUCUGUUAAGUCAGAUGUCUUCAGCUUCGGAGUUUUGAUGUUAGAGGUUUUAAGUGGCAAGAAGAACACUGGUUUCUAUCAGAGCAAUUCUUUCAGUCUUCUUGGAUAUGCAUGGGAUCUUUGGACGAGCAGCUGGCCUCUGGAGUUGAUGGAAUCUGUCAUACAAGACAGUUCUUUUACCACUGCAGCAAUUAGAUACAUCAACAUUGCACUUCUUUGUGUUCAAGAACGUGCUGAGGACAGACCAACCAUGUCUGAUGUGGUCUCGAUGCUGAGCAAUGAACUUACCGUCUUACCUUCUCCGAUGAAACCAGCUUUCUCAAAUGUCAGAAGUAUGGUAGACCCGAAUUCAAGUCCGAGCAAGCCAGAAAUCUGCUCUGCAAAUGAGCUAACACUAUCAGUUUUGAAUGCUCGAUGAAACUUUAAACUUGUGUAGUUAUUCUUUCAGAACAUAUCAUCUUUUCUCAAAUUCUAAGACAUCAGCCUGUUUUUCUCA